UUUGAAAUCUUUGUUUGAUAUGUAUAUACCACUGAUGCAUUUCAUGCAAGCUUGCGAUAAAUUUUCGGUGCAUCCUACCGUUUUGCUAAAAGGGACCUGUGCAGACGAACAGCAUGUGGCUGAAGACGCAUAUAAGGGGUUUGACAUGCAAAAGCGGAGCUGGAUAACGCAGUAAGGGUUGUAAUCCAGGUACGACCCUAAAAUGGCUGUCCGAUUGCUUUAUUAGUCCUGUGAAACCUAAAUUGGCUUGUACGAGUCGAGACGAACUAAUCGACAGCGCAUUAUCCGGGAUAUUCCAUUAGAACCACCUUCUUUCUUUCCUUCUCUUCCAUUCUUUUAAAACCACUUUUUCACCGGCUAUUUUGCGCGUCAUUCAUAAAGACGAAAAAUGGCUGACGGACCGGUUUCCAACCUCCGGACCUUUGGGCGCCACUGUAUCGAUGGAGUUUGUCAUUGCGACUGGCGAAUUACUCUGCACGAAUGUGAAGAAAGCAAAGCAAUGUGGAUCGUCAAUGUGGUAAACAUUGCAGUGUCGGCUUUGUCCAUUUUGCUUGCUACGGGGUUGUUGCUCCACAGAGGCAUUGUUAAAGGACACACUAUCUGGAACCCUAAAGGGCCAGGUGCUGGUAUUCUACGACCCAAACCGGUGGAUAAUAUGCUGUUACUGUUUAUUAUCUUCAAUGCUCUCCGACUUUUGACGAGCGUGGUGCUGAUCACGGACAUUGCUCACGAAAACUGGAUUGCUCGAUCAUUUCUUUACGAGAUUCCAUGGUCCAUCGGCCUAUCGGGCAUUACCUUGUAUCUGAUUGGUAUUGCCCAAACCAUCGCUCAGAGCAAUUCAGCUUCAGGGUGGCUACCUUCAACGGGAGCCAUCGAUGCCUUUGGUCUCAUUUUUAUAAUUGCCCCUUUAGUUGUCGGCGAAUCAUUUACUAUUGCAGCAGGCGCAAUGGCAACCAAAAAUCUGCACUUGGCCGAGACGUUGAUCCGCAUAAACUAUUCGCUCUGGUUCAUCUGGACCGGUGGAGUAGGAACCUCCGUCAUGUUUGCGGGCAUUCGACUUAUUCGCAUCUUGAGGAACCACCAUAAAAAGUUCCGUCAGUCGAAGAAUUACGAAGCUGUCAAAGCUGGCAUCUACAAAAUCCAGUUGACGGCUUUCUCGUACGUGAUCUGUCUGUAUUCCUUUGCCACUGUCCUCCUUCUAUAUGGCAUCCUGCGCAACUACAUCAUGGAAAACACCAAAGGUAGCAUCUUUCUCGGCGUCGUAUGGUCGUUGCUCGCCGGUGCUACAACGCUUCUUGUAGAACUGGCAGUACUUAUCAGUCCCAGCAAAAAGGAGAAUGCUGCUCUGCGUACCAGGUCGUCAUCAGAUAACAAAACAGGAACCAAUAACGCAUCCAACAGCUCACGUGCUGAUUUUAAUCAUGCAUCAGCGUACGAAUCGGGAGCAACGGACACCUUUGAUAAUAAAGCCAUCAUGAAUGCUCUUAGAGCAAAAGACGAAGAAUGGCUUGCACGACGAGAGCAGCUCAACAACAACGCAUUGGCGGAAAAUGGCCUCGGUAACAAAAUACCCAAAAGACGUACAUCGGACAACGAAUCCCAGCUGGAACUGACAUCGUAUGAACAUCAUCAUCAUUAAGGUGCCUCUGGUCCUCCUUACUAUACAUAUGGAGCCAGGCGCUUAUAAUAAUAGGAGAACACCACCAGUCAACACCGCCGGCUCUAAGUAGUGGCCGCCAUUCCCGCUUUUUCUUUUUUUUACAUACCCCAUUGUCGUUUAUCCUUCUUUGGCUUCACCUAAUUACAUCGCGCAAUCAUACAUCCACUAUUACUCUUUCUUUUUGUUUAGCUCGUGUUUUCCAUCUUUCCAGAAUUUUAUUUAUUUAUUUCUCGUAAUUAUUGUUUUUUUGCAUAUGCAUCAGCCAGAUCAAAGAAUCUUAUUUAAAUUUCUUC